AGAAGAAAUGUUGCCAGCGGCUGGUUGACGUCCUUGGUAACCGAUUCAGUCACAACCCAAAGGGGGUGCUCUUUUAGGGACAAAUACAAAUCUAACUUUAUCGAUAACACAAUGGAUGAGACAAAAGAGAGAUUGGCGUUUAAAUGCGUGCCUGAAAGACUGACGCUCGGCAUCACUCGCAUCCUUGAGAGCAUGCCUGGUGUUGUCGAUGUGCGGCUUGCAGAGAGGGAGCCUGCAGAAAAAAGGAAUCUGCUGUCAUGGGAGCAGAGAAACAAUUGUAUUUUACCAGAGGACCUGCGAGAUUUUUAUCUGACAACAGAUGGCUUUACACUUACUUGGAACGUCAAACUAGACAAUGAAUGUGUUCCCUUAGGAUGCAUGACAAUUAACAGUGUGGGAAGGUUGCAGCCCCUUCUCCAGCCAACACCGGUUUUCUCUCUGCCAAAUGCACCCUCACUGGCCGACCUAGACUGGGAUGAGAGCAGCGCUGAAUGCGGGUUGCCAAACGCUUCCACCCCUCCACAUUUUGACUCUCGUAGUCGCAUCUUUGAGUUGGAUUCAUGUGGUGGGAAUGGCAAGGUGUGCUUGGCAUACAAAAACUCCACCCCAGGUGUGGUAGCCCAGCAAAGUGAAAUUUGGUUUCUGGACCGCUCGCUUUGCUGGCAUUUCUUAACCGCAACCUUCUCCUCUUACUACCGCCUCAUGAUCACUCACCUGGGGCUGCCUGAGUGGCAGUAUUCUUUUACACCUUAUGGCCCCAGUCCGCAAGCUAAGCAGUGGGCAUCGCUGUACCAGCCGCUGACCUUCAGAAGUGAGCUCAGCCUGACCGCUUCGGCUGGAGACUUGCACCUCAACAAGUUAGAUCCCACAAAGGCGUUUAAAGCCAAAGCUAAGGUGCCCACUCCAAAGAAGAAGCCGUCCACACCGUGCAGCCUAGCGAGCACUGCCAAAAGCCCAGGCAGCAGCGGAAGACCUGGCGUCGCCAAACGAUGAAACAACGUCGGCUCGCCGAUGAUAUUUUUUUCGACAGGUUCUCCUGUCAGUAUUCUCAGGCAGUAGUGAAGAACUAAAUUGUUGGACUGAGGCUCUGUCACGAGUGUCAACGCUCACAGUUUCAUUUCAGAGAAUCAUGAGUGACGCAAGUGCUCGCCGGAUUACUUUUUUUGCAUAUUUAUAUUUAAAGGCUCAAGUUUUAAUUUGUUUUGACUGCCAACUAUGAAGUAUUGUGAGAAUUGAACAUCAAAGGUGGCUGCUUUUCCUUGAAUGACGUGGAUCAACACCUGACAUCGUGAACCUCACGGUGUCAGAUUUUCAAUAUUUCAGGCGCCACCGUUCAUAAAUCUAUCGAAAAAGUGAAGUCAUCUUUCCUUUAAUAAAUACUUGCCCCAAGGA